CAUCAAGAACUAAUGAAGAGUUUUUUUCACACACAACCAUUCUCUAGAAUCAUUUCAAAUAUAUACAUCGUAAGCUAUUAUUUUCUUAUUUUAUUACCAGCAUCAUCUAUUACCAUAAGCCAUGGCCAACGAUGUGACCAAAGAUACAUCACCUAAAUCUGAAGAUACUUUGGAGGACAUUUACUUAUGGAGGAGGAAGAAACUAGCCUUCUCUGUACUUUUUGUCUCAACAGCGACGUGGAUUUUGAUCAAUAUUUAUGGUUUCAGUUCUAUAACCAUUGUUUCUUGGGCAGCCAUGGCCAUCGUCUCUAUAGUCUUCCUUUGGGGAAGUUUACUUCGUCUUCUCAGCAAGGUUGAACCGGACUUGUCAGGGUUAGAAGUGUCGGACGAGUUUGUAGCAGAGACCGUGGGGUCGUGCCGAAAGCUAAUGGAAGAAAUGGUUCGAUGGAUGUUCAGGGUCGGUGCUGAGAGUGAAUGGUUUGUUUUCGCUGGAACCAUUUUGGGGUUCUGGAUCUUGUCAAGAAUAGGAAACCUUCUCGAUUUCCACACUUUUCUCUUCAUCGGUUUAGUGAUCGGCUUGACAGUUCCGAAGUUGUGGGAGAAGAAUGGAGAUCGACUACAAAAGCUAUCAAAGAAUCUUAAAGAUAGAUCAAACGAAGCGUAUGAUAACUGUCGUGAGAAGAUUUUGAAAAUGAAGAACAAGUUACAGCAUGGAACAGAGGAGAAAGUUAAAAAAGCAGAGUAAAUGUUACCUGUCUUGUAAAGCAAAAGUACAGAUGUGUUACAUGUGUAAACAAAAUGGACUAGUAAAUUAGUAUUACCCGUCUUGUUACCGUU